AUGAGUCAAUGGUUCGAAGACGGCGUGUAUUACAUUCAAACGGAGUUGUGUUCCUAUAGUCUGAAGUAUAUUCUUCAACGCAAACCAAUAUGGCUGACUUUGGGUUGGCGUCACUGCACUCCAGUUCUUCUGGAAGUCAUACCACAGGAGUGGGAACUCGUCAAUACAUGGCACCGGAAUUCCCCUGUAGAGUUGAAGAUUUACUCGGGAUAUGAAAUAUACGACAAAUUCAUUAAAUUGGAUCAAAUCCUAGACUCGAUGUGUGUUCCCAUUCACAGCACUCGACUCGAGUGUUCACAAUUACCGCACUAUUAUCGUCGAUAUCCUAGAUAA